ACCUCAGCUCCAAGGUCACUCUGUCAGCGAUUUUUGUGGCGUCCGGUUAACUUUUCCGUUAUUCGCUGCGUCGCUCGUUCGUUUUUGUAUUUACUCCACGUUUUUGGCGUCGUACGUGUACGUGUCCAGCUCUCUCUCACUCGCUCUCCAACUCUCGCGCGCGGGGCUCUCGCGCGUGCUUGACUGUGUGUGUUGUUGUUGGUGUAUAUGUGAGCAGCGCAGCGCAAUAGAAAACAUUAGUGAAUUUUUUUCGGGUGGAAGCGCGGUGAAAAAUGCGUGCGCGCGUAUGUGUGUGCGUGUGCGAAAAUCAAUAUGAAAACAUGAAUAACAAAAGCUAAAAGGAAAACACACAGCAAUCAAGAAAUAGAAGAGGAAAAAAGUUUAAAAAAGAAAAAGGAGAAAGAACAGCUUGCCAUUCCAGUGAGUGCACACAGCUAGAAAUUUCCAACGGCCGAGAGAGAGAACGAGAACAAGAGACAGAUUCAGAUCCAGAUCCAGCAGGAGUUUCCAGGAUUUCCCCCUCCGUUCCAGGAUGUCGCUGCAAACGAAAAGGCAGCACUGCUAUCUGUGCGAUUUACCCCGCAUGCCCUGGGCCAUGAUCAAUGACUUCUCGGAGGCGGUAUGCCGCGGUUGCGUCAAUUACGAGGGCGCCGAUCGCAUCGAGGCGGUGCUGGACGCCGCCCGCCAAAUGAAGCGUCUCCAUCCCGCCAGCAAACAGCAGCGUUCGCACGAGAACGGUGAGGUUGCCGCCGCCGCAGCAGCAGCGGUGGCCCUGCAACAGCAGCAGCAACAACAACAGUUACAAGUGGGCGGACCCGUUCCAGGACCCGGACCGGGCGCCCAUCGUGGUGGUGGUGGACCGCCCGGCGGUGGCGGUCCAGGACCUUCGGGGGCGGGGCCACUAUCAAUAGGCUCCGCUGCGGCAGCCGCUGCCGCUGCAGCAGCCCAACACCAUCAUCAUCAGAUGCCCUAUCAAAUGCCCGUGCCGCGCAUCGGUCCGCCCCUGGAUUAUCCCGUUAAGCUGGAGGAUGCACCCGGCGGUGGGGUGAGGCCAGUGAGAAUUUCCCAUAUGACGCCCCUUCACCUGCGCGGUGGCGGCACCGGAGGGGGCGGCGGUCCUGGUGGGGGCGUGCCCACAGCGGCAGGAGGCGGAGGCGGUGGAGGAAGUAAUUUGCCGCCAGCCCUGUCCGUUAAUCUUAAGCGACCGCCCAGCGAGGACGUCGAUGUGGAUGUCGCCCAACAACAGUCGGCCCAUGGCCUCCCACCCGAUGGUGGCGCUACACCCCUGUCCGCCGGCGGAGGCGUGGCCGGCGGCGGUCCGCCGGGCGUCAAACGCAGCGCCAUGGACGAUCCAACGGGCGGGGGCGGUAGGCCGCCGUUGACACGCGGGGAAUCCCUGCCCGCAGCGGUCAGCUAUGUUCCGGAGCGCCAGCUAAGCGGUCUGCGGGAUAAGCAACAGCCAGUCAGAGUGCCCAGCUUCGAUGCAUCGACCUUCAAAGCAGAGCACAUGUCCCCGGCCAGUCGGCGCAAUGGAUCGAGUCCGCCCUCGGGACCGCUGCCCCCGCGCAGCGUACACUCGCCGAACAGUUCGGGUUCCUCGUCGGGACGUCGCUCAUCGGGAUCCCGUCACGUGUCCAGCACCACCGUUACCAGCUCCGAGGUGGGCGGCUCCAAUCCUGGCCAGGCGGUGGUGGCCGGCGCUCUGGGCGGCGGCGGAGGACCCGGCGCCAGUGCGGCCGGCGGCGGACCCUUGGGCGGACCGAACGGCGGCGGUGGUCAGCUGAGCUGCACCAGCGGCGGACCGGGCGGCAGUGCCAAUUCCGGCAGUGGUGGCAACGGAUCCAUUGGCCCCGCCUCGAUGGCGCCGAACUCGGUGGCCGGCGAUGGCAGUCCGGCCGGCGGCAGCGGUCCAUCCGGCAGCAAUGGCAGCGGCGUAUCCGUGAAUCCCGGACCCGGCAGCAGUGGCAGCCAAGGCGGCGGCACACCACUGGCCAGCGGCGCAGGAUCGGCGGGCGGCGGUGGUCUCAGCGGAGCUCCCGGCAGCAGUGCCGCCUCGAAUUCCGCAGCGGCAGCGGCGGCGGCGGCCGCCCAGAACGCCACGCUCAAGUGCACCCUGUGCCAGGAGCGAUUGGAGGACACGCACUUCGUGCAAUGCCCCUCGGUGAACCACCACAAGUUCUGCUUUCCCUGCAGCCGCGAGAGCAUCAAGCGCCAGAAUGGUCUGGGCAACGAGGUGUACUGUCCCAGCGGCGAUCGCUGUCCGCUGGCCAACUCGGUGAUACCGUGGGCCUUCAUGCAGGGCGAGAUCACCACCAUUCUGGGCGAGGAGGUCAAGGUGAAGAAGGAGCGCGAGUCUUAAUGUCCAUUUUACUGUAAGAAGCUGCGCAGGGCUUUGGAGCACUUUUAAGAGGCGAAUUACCUUACCGACGCCCACGCCCCUUGGAUAAUAUUUCGCAUCCAACUCUCGACAUUCUCAGUUGGGUCACUGGUUAAACAUUCGGGGAUUUUAUGGAGGAGCAACCGAUUUUUUUGGCCACGGCGGCGGCAUCUCAACAGCAGCAGACACGAAUAUGAAUGCUCUGUUCUGUCUUUGUCCAUGACGACCGACCAAACAACAGCAACAACAACAGCAAAACCACAAUUUUGUAGGCGUAAGCAACAAUACAAAAAAAGAAAAAAAAAAAAAUACAAAGAUGAAACCACUUAAAUGAAAAAUGCAAUUUGUUACCAGCAAAAAAUGUUGAGAAUAGUAAAGAUAAAAAACACCAAAAACCCUCGCAAAAUGAGAAAAACAAAUGUAAGCGAACGCGUUGAAAUACAUUUUUGUAGCCAUCUUAUAGGCGGGCGUUGAAAGAUUUGUCCAACAACACCAACAACAACCAACAUUAAAGCUUAUACGAAAUUGCAUACGUAGCCAAGUGAGAAAGAAUACCGAACCGAAAAGAAUGAGAGGGCAGCUGGAAAUAUUUCUUAAUUACAAAAGAACAGAAAAAACAGAAACAGAAAAAUAAAAUCAACCUACUUGUAGCAGCUGAAGCGAGCAGCAAAACACAAAUAAAGGAAUAUACACUUGCUGGCAUUAGAUAUAAAAUCCUUUUUUUUAAUACGAGUAUACAUAAAACCUAUAUAUUAUACGAUAACUAUAGAUUCUGUUAUGUAGGCGAGCGAUUUACUUCAUAAGUUACGUAUAGUUUGUACUAAUUAAUUAAUUUAUUUCGAUAAAUGUUGCUUAAUUUACAAUCUUACAUUACCUACCCUCCUUCCCUCACAUUUUUACGUUUUUUUUUUUUAUAUAUUUUACUUUUACUCUUAUGAAUACCGUUUUUUUUGUAAGUUUAACUAAUUUAAAACAACACAAUGGAGAAAGCGAAUGGAAAAGAAAGAGAGAAAAACAGUUAUUAAACUAAAGAAAUGUACAUACGUAUGCAUACCACAUAAUCGGAAUAUAAAUAUAUACAUAUAUUUAAUAAUAUAGAAAUAUAUUUGAUGUUGAACACAAAAUUGGCGGAAAAACACUGGCAACACCUUCAAUAAUGGUGUUGCAGUGGAAUUUUAACAGACUUUUUAACCACGGCGAAUAUCAUUAUUCGGUCAGUGAAAAUUUUAGCUAUAUUUUUUGUGUUUUUGAAUGUAGAAGGAGGCGAUAAUUCCUCUGGGAAAUCUGAUUGGCAAACGUUUUUUUUAGCUAUAUAUGUUUAUGAUGUAUAUAGCCGUUGUCGCUGGGCAAGAACUGCAAAAAGAAAGAAACACGCACUAACUGGACCAACCAAUCGAAAAAUGCACAACAAAUAUCGAUGUCGGUUUGAAAAUUGCCAGGAAAAUAUCUUUUUUGGUCGCGAUUUGGGACUGCGUCAAUGCCAACUGUCCUUUUUGAGGUAACAACUCAAAACUAAUUUAUAAAUACAGUGUACUAGAGGGUUUUUUUACUAGACACGAAAGGAAAUCCAGGAGGGGAGCGAAUAUAAAUAUAUAAAAAAUGUCAAGCGAAUCAGGCUUAAUACAAUUUAUAUAUGCCGAAAACAUAGGAACACAGAUGCAUUAUGAGCCAGGCGUAUUAUCAUGUUCGAUUCGCAUAAUUCUUGCGAUUUACUUCGACGUUUAACGAUUCCAUAAAUGAAUAAUGAAAAAUGGAUGAAUUGUAGAUUUGAUUUAAAAGUGUAUUAAAUCUAUCCACCGUAUUGAUCAAAUACGUACUCUAUUUCAUUUAUGGUAGUUCAAAAACAUAUUUCAUGCUAUUUAGUAGAACAAUUAAUUCGUUUUUUUUGUUUUGUUUUGAGGAUGCGGUUUUUUAAAAACAAUCAGCGACAGUGUAUCGAAGGCGAAAACUUGCAUGAAUUCGAUAGAAACAAUGAUAAAACGGUGAUUAUCGAUAGCACAAAAUUUACACAAAAUCGAUAUAAACAAAAAAGUAAGUGAAAUUGACGAAGAUUGAAGCUACUAAAGAACAAUGUAUGUAUAUGUAAAUCUAUAGUUUGUCCAUUACUUUAUUUUCUUAUAUUUACAAUUCCCUUUCUUCAGUCGAUUUAUCUUAAAAUUUUUGCAAGAAAAAAAAGAUAAAGAAAAACACAUUUUGUGAUAUAGCCUAGCAAGAACCGCAACAAGAAGAGCAUGAAAUCCUGAAUAUCGGAAAUACGAAAGUGGAAAAAGCAUUGGAACCCGAAUAAAACAAAAUAAAUUUAGCAGGUUCAGCACUUCGGACAUCCAAAUAACGAUCUCAAAAUGAGGUUCGCAAUUGAAAAAAAAAACCAAAGGAAAAAUAUGAAAAAAAAAAAAAAACAAUUUAUAAAGAAAUCAUACAAUAGGCCAAUACCAACGUUUUAGCAAUCUAAGUCUAAGAGGAAAACUAAUCGAAAUUUUCUUUACAACAAAACUAAACUAAAUAAUAACUAACGUUUGUAAACCUUGUGCGUGUGUGUGUAAAACAGUAGUGCUAUCUAAAUAUAAUACAAAUCAGAUAUCGCAUAAUGCAUCAACCUUAUAUAAGUACGAGUACAUACAUAUUAAAACCCAAGAAAAAAAUGGAAAGAAAAGGAAUAUAAACUAUAUUUGUGUGUUUGAUGUCAGUCAACUAAAUGUUAAAGUCAACUAACGAUCACGUAAUUGUAUUGCAUAGCCUAUAACAUUUUUUGAACGAAGCAAACCAAGUCGAUUCGAUUUAGCAUGAGUAUCAACUUUAUACUACAUAUACACUUAACGACUAAAGAUAGACACACAUGUGGUAUGUGGUACAACUAAGUGGAGAAGCGGAUAAAGCGAUCACGUAAACGAAUACCAUUCGGAAGCGGAAGCUGGCAACGUUUAAUUGAUUGAUUAAUUAAUUAAUUGGUGACAUUGAUGACGGGCAAAACAAUUAAAAAUACUAUACAAAAUCGAAAAAUCA